UCGGUGGCUUUUUGGGAUCGGCGGACAUCGUGUUGAUCAACUGCCGAGGCUUCUCCAGUUGGAGAUGGGUAAAUAAUGGUUCAUAGACGUUUCGCAAGCUCGUGAAAGACCUCACUUUCCCAGGUACGAAAAAAACUAGGUACGACCACAUAGUAGAUUGAGAUCUUCAGCGCCUAUUAGAAGAGAGACAAUGGCUGGACACGGGACCGAAACCGAUACCGAGGCCAAGCCACUGGCGGUGCGGUGUCAAUGUGGCAACGCCUCGUUUCCGACGCCAACAGCAAAACCGAAAAUUCUGUUUUAUUGUCACUGCACGGAGUGCCAAAAGCAGACAUCGUCAGCUUUCGGGACAUCCGCCAUAUACACGUCUGACGGACUACUACCCCUCUCUCCCGACCUAGCGGGUCGUAUGAAAGUCUUUCAUCGGCAGACUGAAAAGGGACGAAGCAUGGAGUGUUACUUCUGUUCCGAGUGUGGAUCACGUAUGUUCCACCGCAUCAUCAGCGCGGACGGGAAGCCCCGCAACACUGUCAGCAUCAAGGGUGGCUGCAUCGAGGGCUUGGAGUGGAACUGGAGCGGCAGCAUGCAUAUAUUUAUGCGGUCGGCCGUCAUCGAUAUCCCUGCUGAAUUCGAGCAAUAUGAGACUCUUCCGCCAUGGAUGAAGAUGGACUAGGCCGGCACACGGCAUCGGAAGAUAAGGACGAAGAGGAAAACGGCGAUGAAAGAAGGUGGACGCCAUAACGAUUCUAGAGAAGUGAAAUGUAUUAUACAAACCCCUAA